CGUAUUAUUCUAUCUAUCCUUCAUCACUAUCUCUACACCUAUAGUACAUAAAAGAGAAAGAUGAAAUUCACUUUACUGUCUUGUGCCGUUUUCAUAGUCUCCUCAGUUUAUGCUCUUCCUUCUGCUCCUUUGUCAAGACGUGACGGCGACUUUAUCUCCUCAUCAUCAGCAGACAAUAGAAUCCCCACUAGAACGAUUCUGUACAACAACAUUUACGCACCUCAAACUUCACCUGCUUUUCCAAACUUAGACACUCCCUCUGGUGUGAUUUCAACUUAUGCUGGCGCCGCUGCCUCAGCCGAAAUUGAUACCUCUGCCCCCUUAUCCAGAGAAACGUUAGACUUGUCCAAAUACCCAGAACCAUGGUCCAAGCCUGACACAAACCAUCCCGAAGUGCAAGCUAUGGUGAAGGCCAUUCAAUGGGAUUAUGUGCCUAAUAUUGCUGCUCGUAAAGUUGAUAAAGAAGGCAAUGUGGUGAUGAAGGGCUAUGACGCUAAUGAGGAUCCCGAUUGCUGGUGGACAUCCUCCAAUUGCCUUGAACCUAAAGUGAACUAUUUGCCUCCUGACGUGUAUACCUGCCCUAACCAAUUAGAAUGGGGUUUAACCUAUGACGAUGGACCUUUUGCUUUAAGAGAUGACGACGAAGAAGAUGCAAAACAAGAAAAUCCUUAUGCUGAGCCUAGAUUGUAUAACUUUUUGGCUGAUCAAGGGGUGAAGAGUACUCUUUUCUAUAUUGGUUCAAAUGUCGUGGCGUAUCCUGCCGCUGCUAAAAGGGCCCUCAAUGAUGGUCAUUCCCUUUGCGUUCACACAUGGUCCCAUCCUGCUAUGACCACCCAAUCCAAUGAAGAAGUCGUUGCUGAGCUCUACUGGACCCAACGUGCUAUUAAAGAAGCCACAGGUGUUACACCCAAAUGCUGGCGUCCUCCACAAGGUGAUGUGGAUGACCGUGUUCGUGCUAUUGCCUGGCAGAUGGGUAUGCGUACUGUGAUUUGGGACAAAGAUACGUUUGAUUGGAACAUGCCUGCUCCUGGAGGCGGUAACUUACCGCCUGCUACAGUGGACGGUUACUUCAAGGGAUGGUUACAUGACGCCAAAUCUGGUAAAGACGCAAAUGGUACGGUUAUUUUAGAACAUGAACUGAACCAUGCUACUGUACAAAUGGCAGAAAAGUGGUUGCCCAAGGUAAAAGAAACUUUCAAGGUGCUUCCUGCUCUUCAAUGUAAUGAUAUUACACAGCCUUACUGGGAGGAAGACUUUACAUACCCCUCUGCUCAUUAGAUAGCUUUUGAAGUUUUGUUCCUUUACCAUGUUUAUCCUUCUACUUUGUUUAUAUGCAUACCCCUCACUCAUUGUUAAAUAAAUCAUUUUCAUAAUACAUACGUGUCCGCUAGAUUUUCUUGUCUAUAGACAGUGGUCUUUUUUUUUUUUUUGAACUUUU